AUGGAGGUGCCCCCAGCCAGCUGUUCAGCCACACCAGCCACAAACCAGGCAGUACAGACCCUGUGCCUCCGGGCUUCCCAUAGCAAGCAGUCAUCACCCCAUCUCACCGGCCCCGUCAUCUUGCAACCUGAACAAAGCCUGCCUCCCACAGUGUACCUGAAGGCCCUCACCAUCCCGCUGUACCACCCUGUGCAGUCUGGAUGCUUCCAGCCGAGCCACUCGCUGGUGGCCAAUGGGGGCAGCUUCAGCCUGGAUGGCGGCAGCCUCCCCUUGAUUCUGAGCCCACUGCUGCACUCAGACCGGACAGAUGCAACCCAGCCAAGGAAGCCUCAGAGCCAAACGCUUACUGUGAACCUUGUGGGUGCUCUACCUGUCUUGUCCCCUGCUGCCUCCUGCUCCAGCACAGCCUUGGGGAGCCCUGGGAAGUCCCGGAACGCAGGAAAGUAUCUGUGCCAGCACUGUGGGCGGGACUGCCUAAAGCCCAGUGUGCUUGAGAAACACAUCCGUUCCCACACAGGGGAGAGGCCUUUCCCUUGCACUACCUGUGGCAUUGCCUUCAAGACCCAGAGCAACCUGUACAAGCACAGAAGGACCCAGACACACAUCAACAAUACUCGGCUGUCAUCUGAGUCUGACAGCGGUGGCCUCCUGGAAGAUGGGGACAGACUGGCAGAGACCCCCCCACAGCCCUCCAAAACGGAGCAGAGGGGUGAGGAAAAGGAAGAUGUGGGAGAGGAAUAUAGGCCUUCAGAGACCACUGCCUCUCCCAGCACCCUGGCAACUGGGCAGCCGGGGCCCUCAGCUUUGAAGUCCUUCUCAUUCAAGAGCCUAGAGACGAAGCCCGACAUUUCUCCUAGUCACAGGCCCACUCCUGGGGCCCCAGACAAGGAAGCCCCAUCAGAAUGUCCACCCAGGGCUUCCCCAGGGCUUUUGCCAGCAGGGGUGACCCAGAGAUGGAAGAUGCAGGAACAGCGAUCUCCAACAGCCAGCAAACACAGCCAGCUGCAGAGACAGCAAGCAACCUACUCGGAGAAGCACUGGGAUGCCAGGGUUUCUGAGGGCAAGCUGAAGAAGUGUGAGAGCACAGACUCAGGCUACCUGUCCCGGUCUGACAGUGCAGAACAGCAAAUGCUCUCCUCCAGUCCCCUGCACAGCUUGUCUGAACACAGCGUGGAGUCAGAGAAUGAGACUCCUCCUGGGCUCCUGAAAGGAACAGAAUCCCCUGGUGCUAAAGUCCAUCCUGGGGAAAGAGCAACCACCCUGAUGAUGGAGAAAAAGAAGCUCGAGGAGCACAUUUCCAAACUCAUCUCCCACAACAAGGCUGUGGUGGAUGACACCCAGCUGGACAAUGUCAGGCCCAGGAAGACCGUUCUCUCAAAGCAGGGAAGCAUUGACCUCCCUAUGCCUUACACUUACAAAGACUCCUUCCAUUUUGAUAUCAGAUCCCACGAUAAUAUCCGGAAGAAGAACAUGACAUUAUGCUCCGUCAAAUCCACCUUCACUCCCCUGGAAAAAUCCAAGUCGCCCUUCUUUCAUUCAGUCCCUACUCAAUUUUCUACCACUGUGGACUGUGUGCCCGUCACGAGGAGCAAUUCCUUGCCAUUUGUUGAAGGCACAAGAACCUUCCAGGAGAAAGCAGGGAAUUCUUGGGCAUCCUGCCUCUCAAAGCAGUCCCCAAGUCCUGGCUCCUCGCAUCAUCCACGUGGUGACACUUCUGUACCUCCGUCUGUGGAUUUUCCCAGCAGUCACCCCAGGGCCCUGGUCAGACAAGCUGCAGUAGAGGAUCUGCCACUGGGCCAUGCUCCUGAUCACCAGACUUUGCCAACCGAACAUCAGAAUAGUGGGAAAAAACCCAGCGUGGAGUGCACCUCUGUAAAAUGCAAGGUGGCAGGAAAGAAAUUCAAUCAAAGAAAACUGAAGAUGUUUUCCCAGGAGAAGUGGCAAAUGUAUGGGGAUGAAACAUUUAAGAAAAUAUACCAGAAAACAAAAACCACUCAAAGUCCAAAGAAGCCAAGGGAAACAAGGCUGGGUGACAUGAGAAACUUGGGCUCUGAAGCAAAGGAGGCCAGCAGUGGAGAGGGGAUGGCAGGUCCCAGAGACACCCAGGCCUUGACAUGUGGGGGGAUUAGUUCUAGCCCCCAUGUCACCUCUCCGCCAGGGACAAACACAACAGAGCCCAAUGCUACAGGAUAUCAGCCAGCCCAAGCAAUGCCACUGUCUGAGAAUUUGAGAAGUUUUAUAGUCUGCAAGGAGACAGCUCAGCUGAUGGGAAGCAGUGCGCAUCCUCGAGUGAGCAGAGCCGGGUCAUCCCCGACCCUUAGCUGCAGCAUCACCUCUAAUGUGACUCAUCACCCAGCCCCCAGCGGCGGGCAGGCAGUGCUAUACCAGAUGCUAAGGGAAGCCUGUGCCCCAUGUCCACAUGCCCUUGGCACUGAUGACAGGAGGUCUUUCACUCCCUUUUCACAAGACUCUCCUACCCUUGUCUUAGAUCAGGAAGCCAUUCUUCCUGGUGAUGAGGAAGAAAAGGAAAGGAGUCACUGGGCCCAGAUGGUUCCCAAGCGGCAAGGCUGUGGCCUGGGCAAAACUUUGCCAGAGUCAGAAAAACUCCCAUCUGAGAGAAAAAAGCUAAAGGUAGAGGAACUGAGUAGUAAAAAGAAUUGGGUGUUCUUGGAAUCAGGAGGGGAAGGGAGGAAAGGGCUAGAUUGCUCCUCCACGGGGACCUCCUUAGACUCUAGGACAGAUAAUGCCCCUGGGGGGAAGAAUGGCUUAGACAUAAGAGCCAGCCAAUGCAGCAGGAAUCCUGAAGGCAUGAAGAGAGAGAGGGAUGGCAGUGAGAGUGGUGGUGGCCCAGGAGAGCCCCUGGCAUCUGCCUCCGAUUCAGGGAAUGUGUCAUUGGCAGCAUUUCCUGCCUCUGGAUUGACAAACAGAAAAGACCCCGGACAUUCUUCUUUUGGUGACUCUGCCACUGGAGGAACCAGCAAGGAUCCCAAGUCCCUGGAAGGAAGUCACUUCUCACUUAUGACUGCCAGUGCGACUUCUGGGCUGCCUAUUCCUCAGAAAGACAAUGUGUUUUCUCCAAAGUACAUCCUCCAGUUACCUCAAGAGGAGUCUCGAGCUGAAUUAUCCAUCACCAUGGGCAAAGAGCAGGAAAACAGGACCCUCAGAAGCAGUGGGAAGCCAAAUGACACCGAAUCUCUGGCUCAGCCUUUGUGUCUCCCUCAGACAGAAUGCUCAGCGGCUGGGAUAGGUUUGCAGCUCAGCGGAGUGACCUCCACGACGGCUUUGACAUCUUCUUUGUCUCCCAGACAGACUCCCUCUGGCAGCACCCUUCCUGAGGGAGCCAGCGGCUGUGAGAGCCCCAGACAUACUCAGCCCAGAGACGGGAUGAAGGGGACCCGGUUGGGAGCAGAGCCUGGAGACACAGUAGUCAAUAAGGGGCAGGCAUCUGAGGAGACGGGUAGGACCAUGUGCUGCUCCAAGCAGGUCCCUGAGAAGAAGGUUUCUUUUGCCUCUGUUUAUACAAGCAGCUUUCUUAUAGCAACUGACAUUAGAGAUGAGGGUCAGCUCUUCCACCACCUCCAUUCGGGAAGUACUGCUUUAUUGGUGACAUCCAUGUCUGGAAGAGGAGCAUCUUCUCUGGAUACUUCUGAACAGUUGCUUCAGGGCUGGGAGCUGUGUGAGGCUUCCUCAAAUGGCCCAGAACAUCCUCCAAAAGGCUUGGAGGGCCCUCCUGGGUCACUGGAGAAUGCCAGCAUUUGCCAUUCCUUUGAAAGCUUUUACUGCCAUGCUGUCCCCACUCAGCACCGGGACUCCUCUGCCUGGCCCCAAAUCAGCCUAACUUCACACUCAGGGUACCCUCAGAGCUGUGGGGCCGGGGGCUCCUUCCCCUCCCUAAGUGCCGAGCCUCGCCUUACGUGGUGUUGCCUCAGCAGGAGCCUCCCUCUGCCUGCAGAGCAGAAGGAGAAGGCCCACUCGGUGUAUUCUUCCUUGCACGUUUGUGAAAAUAAGCCUGGGGAAGAGAGUCCAAGUUCCAGGAGGGACUUUUCCUUUCUGGAUACGAAAAACAUGUCCCAGGCAGUCACCUACGGAUGGACAAGUGGAAGCCUGAAAACACUGGUCUCUUCAGUGUCGUGGGGGGAGCAGAAACCAAAGCUGUCCCGGGCAAUAGGUGCAGGGCGAGUGUCUGGUGAAAAGGUUUCAGAGGCAGAGAAGAAGAAAGGAGUGCCCUGUAGGAAGGGGAAGGCGACUACAAAUCCUGCUGGUGUGAGCAACAAGCAGAAGAGACAGCUCAACAUCAAAAGGUAUAAUAAACGAGGCCAUCUGCAGGGGUGUGUUCAUCUGAAAGCAAGCCGACUUCGGAAGCAACGCUGGCCUCUGAGAAAGCAUCACUUGCCUCCUAUGUGCGAUGGCCUUGAGCAGUACAAGGCUUGUCAGCCUCCUUCACCAGAACAAGCAGGUCCAAGUCAACAAGGGAAGUCACCUGGUAUAAUUUCAGAACUGUCACUUUGCUGUAAGGAUGAUCCAAAGAGUGAAGAUAACAGUAAAAGUAACUCAGGAAACUUUUUUCCCAGUAUAAGUGCAAGAAACUUCCAGGAAACAGACAAACCACAUGUGGAAGAUUUGCCUCUGUCCACUAAUGAAUGUGGUGAGCCGUCUCUCCAGAACACUACCACCACAUCAGGAUUACCUCUGGAAACACAUCGUGGCUUGGCCACAGCUAAGGCCAAGCUUUUUCCAAAUGACAGUGCCCUCAAUACUGGAAUCCUGUUGACUCCUUCCCAAGACACACUGAAACACGUUUCAAUCGACUCAGCUUCAAAAAGUUACUUAGAUCCUUUUGGGCCCUCCUGUUUGGAUGCCAAGGAUAUAUUUCAUCCUCCAGAGGCUGCCACAUCUGGGUCUGCUGUUACUCUUUCUUUAGGGGCCAAAUCAAACCAGAAAAACCCGAGAAUUCACAGCGAUGAGUCUCAGGCCCAAGGUUCAGCUUCAGUAGAGCCUUUGUCACAACACAUCCCAAGUAGGGAACCUACCGUAGUGGGCAGAUCAUGUUCACCAUUACCAGAAAAAUCCUCAUCUGGAUCCAGAAUUUUACACUUAGCUCCAUCCGGUGUGAGGGGGAAGACUCAACUGGAGAUGCCAGCUUCAGGACCUAGUACAGGUAGUUUACAUCAAGUGACAGUAAGACCCCGGACAUACUUUUCUACCAGCAGCUAUUAUAGUUGUGGGGAAAAGCAUGGAACCUGCAGAGAAGGAGGUGAUGGUGAGAAAAACCAAAUAACUAGAAUGAUUACCAGUAAAGAGAGCAUUGUUGCUGCUAGUCCUGCAGAGCCCUCAGACAUCUCUGGAGCAUCUUCUAAAACCCUCAAGAAAAGGAGCCUCGAAGGGAUGAGGAAGCAAACUCGAGUAGAAUACAGUGACACCAGCAGUGAUGAUGAAGACCGCUUAGUUAUAGAACUCUAG